UGAGCAAAACAUAAGUUACAUGGAAGAAGCUUUUUCAAUUUUUUGGUUCAUCUUUUUGUUUCUCUUUUAAUUGUUAUUUAAAUUGUUUAAAUAUUCGUUUUAAUUGUUACUUAAUCAAUGUUGGCUAUCAUGGACGGCGAUAAUAUAAUCAAAGGUUCCAGAACCCGUCCGAACCCGUUCAAAUUGAUCUCAUGUAAAAAGUAUGGUAAUGACACUGAGGCUCCAUUUUUUCUUACAUUAAGCGUUGAAGCUUUAGCCAUAAUCGAUGUCCACUCUCAUUGUGUUCAAACCGAAGUGAUCGGACUUUUGGGUGGUUUAUACUGUUCUCGAUAUAGACAAUUAAAUAUCUUAACUGCCGAACCCUGUGAAAGUUUAACUUGUGGUACUAGUGAUUUACAAUGUGAAAUGGAUCCAGUCUCUCAAGCGGAUGCCUUGGAAAAAUUAACGAAGGCGGGCUAUCAGGUUGUCGGAUGGUAUCACUCACAUCCGACUUUCGUACCCAAUCCAAGCCUUCGUGAUCUCGAAACACAAGCCAAAUACCAACAACUUUUCGCCGAUGGCAAUCAACCUUUCUUAUCUCUCAUAUUAAAUCCUUACUCUACAUCUAACCAAACCUUAAACAAAGGUAAUCUUGUCUCAAAAUACAAAUGCCUUAUGCUUAGUGAACAAAUUUCACCCUCUCAGAACGAAUCAAGAACACCAUUUGCCUUUAAUCCACAUUUAGUGAGAAGAGAAAAAUUGUUUUACAAUUUAACUCGUCGCUUGGAAGAAUUAUGUUCAAAAAUCGAAGGACAACCGUCGACACUUUGUAUAACCGACAAGCUAAGAGGCAAAGAUAUGCAAUAUUUGACAAAGAUCUCAAGUAGUUUAAGGCACCAUUUUGAUGUAACCGGACUUUCAAAAAUUGAAUCGGAAAGAUUAGUUGACCAAAUCAAAGAUAUCCUGUUAGCCCAUUUACGGAACAAAUCAAAUGGAAGAUGAAACUUUUAAUCAACAAUUAAGACCCAGUGAUCAAGUGGCAUCCAUCUAAUUAUCAUCAACCUUUGAACUGCCAAUUUUACCUCAAUCAACAAAGACAAAGUUUCUUUGUUCUCGCCAGAGUAACAAAAAUUGAGAAAAUCAAAUUACGUUACAUUUAAAUUACAACAAUCAAAAUCAUCUCACACUUUUAAAAUUAAUGCUUCAAGUCAUCAUCAGAAUCACAUUAACGACAUAAGAAAUUUAAAUUUCUUGUAAAUGACUUUUAUUUUGAUAUAAAUAUAAUAUCAUCACUUAAAUCAUCAUCAAAAAAAAGUCUCAAUAACAAUUAAAACUGUAAACUCUCUCUCUCCAAACAGUAAUCAAAAACUAUAAUCAAAUUACUA